UCAGCCGAGUGGCCGUGCUCCACUUCCGGCUGUGGCGGGCCAGCAGGAGCCAGCGUCUCCUGCAGCGGCGCAGAUGGAGCAGAAACAGCCCGCUGCUCUCGACAGACCGUCGCAUCUGCGGCUGGUUCCGCUCCUCGGCACCGUCUCUCGGGCCAAGUGUCCUGCGUGUUUGUGGACCAACCGCUGGCGACCUCGCUGAGGAGGAGUCCGCGUCCUCCAAAUGGCGUCCAAGGUCUCCAUCCUGGACUACUUUCACAUCGUGUUCGAAGGCGAGAAUGGCAAAAUCGAGUCCAACUGCAAGGCCUGUGGCACCAGAAUCCAGGCGAAGCGGAGCGUGACGUCCAACUUCGUGACUCAUCUCAAGCGCAAGCAUCAGGCCAUUUACGACGACUUUGUGAAGAGGAAGGACAUGAAGAGAGAAGGCUUCUCAUCCACCUCUCUCAUCGCGCUGGCCUCGAACCUCGGAACCGGCCGCCUCGCGCACUGCAGUUGCUCCACUGUAGGGGGCGCUGUGGGCGCGGGAGCCGCCGGCGGACUCGAAGGAGGAAGAGCUCCAGUCAGGGGCGACGGCAAGUUUGAGAAACUGGACCCGCGACAGGUUCGGAUUUCUGAGGCCAUCACCAAAAUGAUCAUUCGAGAUCUCCAGCCGGUGUCUCUGGUGGAGCAGCAGGGCUUCAGAGAUCUUUUGCAGCUGCUCGAACCUCGCUACACUCCGGAGCCCCAGCACUGCAUCCAGACUCGGCUCCUCCCUGCGUACGCCUACCAGGCCCAGCUGGCCAUCUGUCAGGCUCUGAGCUCGGCGCUGGCGCUCAGUCUGAGCUUGGACCUCUGGAGAGGAGCAUGUGGGUACCUGGGGGUGACGUGUCACUUCCUGUCCCCGGACUGGAAGAUGCACUCGUCCCUCCUCGCCUGUCUCCCUCUCGCCCCAAACAGCCCCGUCCAUCAGGUUCUGUCAGAGUUUGAUGAGGUCUGUCUCUCCCAUGGGAUCCUGGGAAGAUCCUUCCGCGUCGUGGCUGACCCGCUGGUUUCCAUGGCGACUGUGCAGCCAUGCUGUCUGCCCAUCUUCCCGGCUUCUGGUGAGGACCGGACAGCACUGCCAAGCGACUGCAGCGGGGACGUGGUGGCGGCCGAGGACCCGGCGUGCGGCCUCGCCCGGGUGGGCUGCUUCUCUCGGGCGCUCGGCCGCUGUGUCUGUGACGGACUGAGGUCGUGUCCGCAGCUCUGUGCUGCUCUGACCCGAGCGGCUCAGUUCUACAGCUACAUCACUUCUGCCGUUCCUCAAGACAAGCUGAGUCAGCUGUUUGACGGCCCAGACCAGAACUUGACCGAGGACCAGGACUGGGCAGCCCAGUUGAAGGUUCUCGGGCGGCUGCUGGACUCUCUGGAGUUUCUGGAGGAGAUGAGUGGGGCUGGAGAACUGACACUGGGCGCCCAAGAGAGGGCGCUGCUGCGUGACCUGAUGGAGACCCUGGAGCCCUUCAGCGAGGCCUGGGACCUGAUGUUUGGAGAGAAGGAGUGGGACGAGGACCAGGACAGACACGUGUCCAUCAGUCUGGCUGUGCCCUGUGUCCUGGGUCUGCGCAAGCACCUUUCCGAGGUGGCGACCCCACACUGCCCGGGACUGCGGGCCUGUCUCAGCCAGGCUGUGGAGUGCCAGCUGGCCCCUAUCUUGGAGGACCCCCUCUACAUCACUGCCACGGUCCUGGACCCCCAGUUCAAGCUGACCUGGAGCAGCAGCCCAGACUGGCACCGGCAGGUCCUGGCGGAGGAACUUCCCAAACUUUCCAAGUCUGUGAACACAGACCCGCAUCAGCCCCCCCACGCUCUCCAAGCCCCCGCGCCCGUCUGCCCCUUGGCGUCACGACCUUCCAAACUCUUCUCCUUCAUCAAGCAGAGACCAGCAACUCAGGCUAAGAGCCUGGAGCAGGAGCUGACCAUCUACCUGCAGGAAGAACCCACCGAAGAGGAGCCGCUUCACUACUGGCGGCGCAAGGAGAUGGACUUCCCUCUUCUGGCCCAGGUGGCCAGGCGCACGCUGACCAUCCCAGCUAGGAGCUCCCCCGUGGCCAGGAUCUUCACCCGUGCCCACCGCUCUCUGCAUCCAGACGGGGCUCAGGUCCUGCCCAAGAACCUGGAGACGCUCAUCUACCUCAAAGCCAACUACAGGCUGUUGUGGACUGGAAGUGCCGGGCAGACCACCGAGUCGCAGGGACUCUGAUCUUCUGUUGACUCGGAAGUGCCGGGCAGAGCACCGAGUGGCAGGGACUCUGAUCUUCUGCUGACUGCUCUCCGUGCCAGAGCGAUGAAGUCCACCAUUAACACCUGCGUGCUCAGAGUUUUGUGCCAGGUUUGAGGGAGUCUUGUGGCCUGGCUAGCUGGGACAAUGAAGUGAGAAGUAGAACCAUUCCCUCCAGACUUCCGUGGGUCAGACCCAUUUCUGAGAUCUUUUUUUGUGCCCAUCACUGGGGCCGCGGAGUCAACUCACUCCUUGACCUGACCUGUGUGUGUGUGCGUGCGCGUGCGUAUGUGUGUGUGCGCGCGCAAACCAGUCCUUAAAGUCCUUGGCUGGUUCAGGUUGUUCCAACCAAUCAAAGCCCACAUAGUUUAACCAAUGAGGUGUGGGCAAAGUGUGGCACAGGGGCCCUAUGUGGCCCGAUGCCUGUAUUUUUGUGGCCCGUUUGAGGUCAGACUAAAACUACAACUAAUAUGUCCUCAUUUUUCUGUCUUUUUUGUCUUUCUCUUUUAGUCCUCACCAUCACUUCAGCUGUAAAUAUAGCUUGUUCUUGUUUGAAGACUAUAAUUUUCGUCAUUUCAUUGGCCAUUUUUGUGUUUUUCUUGUUCCUCAAAAUACAUUGAAGUAAUACUGAAAAUAUAUUUUGAAAUGAAUUGCCUCGUCCAUAGUUGAUUCAUCUUCAAAUAAAGUGCAAAUCAAAUGAAAUAUUCCAAUAUAUUUCAUGGCAUAUUUACACUUAAUAUCCCUAACUACAUUUCAUUUCAUGUCCUUGUUACUCAAGUUUAUAUUUUCUCCCAUGGUGUUUUGCAGUCUUAUUUUUUGGCACGUUGGCCCCUCACAACAGUUACAGUUGUGAGCCUUUAGGACAUGGAAAGUUACAACUGUGAUGUCAGACUGACUCAUGGUCCAUCCCCCCUGUACAUCCCUUUCCCCGGCCACGUCCUCCUUUGUCCUACACCAGAGUCUGAGUCACAGUCUCUGUAUGGCCUUCCAGGCGGUGCUGAGCUGAGCUCACCUCUUACUGCUCCCAAGCUCUGCAUGUUGUUCUGCUUGGAUGAGGGUGGUUCAGAGAGAUGGUCCUCGGCUCCCCAUCACCACCUCAUGAAAAUAACAAAUUCCGGACAACUGUGUCAGGGCUUGCCUGUGACUGUAGGUCCUGCAGUCGGAGCAGCAAAGGAAUGGGAGAACCUGUCGAGAUCUGUUUCUGACAGGAGACACGGCUCAAACUGACAGAAGUCUGUGGGCAAGUCAAAUGUUUCACUCGAAUUUCAGCUCAAAAGCACGGAGGUGGCUGUUGAAGAGAACCAAGCCCAAAUGCACCGUCAUCCUUUCUUUUGUCCCGACUGAACUGUGACACAAACGUCCUUGCCAAGCCGUUGGAGAGAGUCAUGCCCACCGUCAUCCGAGAAGAACAAAAUGGCUCCAUAGCAAGACUCAGAUUUGGGGACAGAUUGGUUCCCUGGAUCCGUCUCUUCUAUGCUUCUCCAUGUGUCAUGACAAAUGAGGUUCUGCAUGUCUGCUGCACUGAAAUCCUCCUCAGGCUUUCAGAGAAUACAAACUCUCACUUCACGUCCAUAACCCCCCCGCGCGCCUGGUGCACCUGUGAUUUGGUGCGUUUUCUGACCAACGGAAUCCUGACAAAAGUUUCCCAAUCGAUACAGCUCCAACCAGCAGAUGUGCCAUUCACCUCUAGUUCCACUGGCUUCAAGUGUCUCGGGGUUUAUUUGACCCCUUCCACUAUUUCUGAAUUGAUUUCAGCAAAUGUUUUGCCUUUGAUGUUGGAGAUGGAAACUAACAUUCACGUGGUCCAAAUGAAUGUCCUUCCGAAAUUCCUGAAUCUAUUUCAAACAGCGCCAUGUUUUCGGACCCAAUAUUUGUUUGAAACUCCUUCUUGUGGUGUGGAAAUUUGAUGGUGGUCUUCCUCUGGCGAAUUUUCAAUUCUGUGACCGGGCUUCACUCAUUCGCAGGCUCUGUUACCACGUGGUGUCACCAGGACUUCCUUGCUGUGUUUGGAGCUGUCACCUUGACUAGAUGGAGGACAAGGGCACGAGGCCUGACCAGCGGCUCCACAUUCAGGACCCAGUGACUCACGCCAAGUGUCAUGAGCGGCCGAGCUGAUCUCAGCCGUGACAGCCACCGAGUCUUGGAAGAACGGACAGCGGUUUGAUGGACUGUCAGAGGAGUCGGUGGCUACAUUUGUCCGAAUAACGCUUCAUCACCAUACGGGGGCGCCUCAUUCCACAAAGCAGCAGAUGGAAAGCAUUUAUUAGAACAAGUCUGGCAGGAAAGGUGAGUGACCCCAGCAACAUUCGGGUUGCGCGCGCGUGUGUGAAGUGCAAUUCUAGCCGUUUGUUGCUCGACACCUCUUGAACACGUUUAACAAGCGACAGGGCGUCUGUCCAGCAGGGAGUCAGCCGCUCCUGCUCACUGCCUGAAAGUGAGCAGGCCGUUUUCAGGGUGGUCCGGACUCUCGGUGGCCUCUGCAGAAGCAACUGCGUUACCAUCUCUUCCAAGAGGUUCCACCCUCAGCUGUCACUGACCUGACUCUGCACUCUGCUCCAGAGGUGACAGCAUCGCGUCAGGCGAGCUGCUUCCGUUUUGCUCCGCUUCGGCUUCUGAAAGGUUUCAGAGAAAAGCACGGUUUUUGGGCAGACUGAUCAGGUUUCAGCGUGGUUUAUAGAAGGGAGUUAAACAUCGUGCUUCAGAGAUGAGCAGAACGUCGUAGUAGCAGGACAUUGAUUCAUUCAUUACAAGAGUAAUAUGGACAAAAUUCCAAGUAAGUCAACAAAGGUCUGCUGCUGUUCGCGACGUGUUCACUGCUUUACCACACUUUUCUCGGUCAUCCUUUGUCAUUGCUUACGGUGUUUCAAUAAAGUUGUUCUUUUUUGAAAAAAAAAUGGACCUGAACUUUCUCGGAUCCUGUACUGACUGGCGCUGCAGCUGGAAGUGCGCGACUCUCCCUUUUAUUUUGACGGGUGUCUGCGGCCUGGGCCUGUGCAGGAAGCUGCACCCAGCAUCUUGAUGCUGGUGGGGAGAGUUGACUCAGUCUGGUGGGGUGACUCCUCAGCUUCGCUGCACAACCUGACUUCACAGCAACUUUGACUCUUCUUUC